AUGCGUCGUAGUGUCAUUCGGCAGCGGAAAGAGUUCCUUGAACGCCGACAAAACGAACAUGUGCACACCGCCAUUCAUGCACGCAAGGAACAAUUCCGCGAUGCCUUAAACACGGCCACACCACUACCAGGACAUCUCCGCAAGGACGCCGUCGCCUUAAAGAAAUUUACAGAAUUGGAUGAUGAUCAGACCCGUACACUGCAGAGCACUGUGGAUGAUGAGUACGCCACUGCGGGAGUAGAGGACCCACAUGUACUCGUCACCACAUCUCGUGAACCCUCACAGAAGUUGUUGGAGUUUGCAAAGGAAAUACGUCUCAUCAUACCAAACGCCGUGCGCAUGAAUCGAGGAAAUCUUAGCGUACGUCAACUCAUGGAUGCCGCACGACGUGGACAAUAUUCUGAUGUUGUUGUCUUGCAGGAGUCGCAAGGUGUUCCUGACAGUUUAACUAUAUCCCACUUACCGCUUGGACCCACUGUGGUGUUUACUAUUCACAACCUUGUUACUCGUCAUGAUAUUGAAAAUGUGGGAACCAUGUCUGAACAAUAUCCUCAUCUCAUCUUUGAAAACUUUACCACAAAAUUGGGUCAUCGUGUGCGAGAUGUACUCAAGUAUAUGUUUCCUGUGCCAAAAUCAGAGGCCACCCGUGUCUUGACAUUUGACAACCAAAAUGACUUUAUCAGUUUGCGGCAUCAUACCUUUAAGGUAGUAAAGGGACGCGAAGUACAACUCACGGAGAUUGGACCACGAAUGGAACUCACACCAUACCGUAUCACACUUGGAACACUUGAAAUGGAUGAUGCAGAGACGGAAUGGGUCUUACAUACAUACAUGAACACAGCAAAGAAGCGCCGACUUAUGUGA